AAGUUUUUGUUUUCUCACUCUUUUUGAAUCCUCUUUCUCCACAUGGCAUCACUCUUUCUUCCUUAGCCAUAUUAUUACCCUCACACACUCUUCAAUGCACUCCAAUAAUCCAAACCUUUCUUCUUCCAAUGGAAAUACCAAAGCCUUUCAUCCUUCUUCUUCUUCUUCUUCUUCUUUUCAUCCCUUCCUUCUCAGUUUCUACCUUUACUCCCAUAGAUAACUACCUUAUCAACUGUGGCUCAAACACCAAUGCUUCACUCUUCAACAGACCCUUCAUUGCUGAAGAACAAGGUUCCACCUUUCUCUCUUCAGAAAACUCUAUCCCACUCAAACUCCAAAACCCACCUCCAAAUUUGCCUCUUUUGUAUCACACAGCAAGAGUCUUCACCACCAACGCAAGGUACAGGUUCAACAUGAAGAGAAACGGCACCAACUUUGUGCGUUUCCAUUUCUACGCUUUUAAAGCUCCGAGUGUUGACCUCAAGCAUGCUAAAUUCAGUGUCUUUGUUAAUGGGGUCUCACUUUUAAGGUAUUUCCAGCAAGUUAAUAAUAGUGUCAUGGUUAAAGAGUUUAUCUUGAAGAUAGAAUCAGAAUCUGUUGAAAUUUUGUUUAGGCCUGUUGCUACUGGUGGUGGUAGCAACUCAGGAUUUGGAUUUGUGAAUGGUUUAGAGGUUUUUUCUGCUCCUGAAGAUUUUGUUACAGAUUAUGGAGCUAGGUUUGUUGGUGCUUCUGGGGUGGAAGAGUUCAAGAACCUUUCAUCUCAGGUUUUAGAAACUGUUCAUAGGAUCAAUGUUGGUGGUUUGAAAAUAACACCAUUUAAUGAUACCCUUUGGAGGACUUGGAUCCCUGAUGAGGGUUUUCUUGUUUUCAAGCAUGCAGCAAAGUCUGCAUUUACUGAUCACACACCAAAUUACCAGAAGGGAGGGGCAACACCAGAGAUUGCCCCUGAUAAUGUUUACAUGACUGCUCAGCAGAUGAAUAGGGAGAACUCGAGUUUAGCUUCGAGGUUCAACAUAACUUGGAAUUUUUCUGUGGAUACUGGUGGUGUUCCUCACCUUGUGAGGUUGCAUUUCUGUGAUUUCGUUAGCCCUGCGCUUAAUUUGCUCUACUUUGAUGUGUAUAUCAACGGCUACACUGCAAUUAAGGAUCUUGAUUUGUCGUCCCUUACGUUCCACACGCUUGCUUCUCCAUACUAUGUGGAUUUUGUCACUCACUCGGAUGAUUCCGGUAUUAUUCAAAUAAGUGUUGGUCCUUCUGAUCUUAGCAGUUCUAUAAGGAUGAAUGCCAUAUUGAAUGGAGCAGAGAUACUGAAGAUGGUCAAUGUUAUCGAUUCCAGUGCUACACAUUGGAAGAAAAGAUUGUGGAUUUGGAUUGGUUCAGUUGCUGGAGGAAUUGUUGUCUUGUGUUUAGUUGUAGCUGCUUUUCUACUUGCUAUCAGAUGCAGGAAGAAGAAACAAAAGCGAGGAACCGUCGAAAGCGUUGGAUGGACACCUUUACAAAUGUAUGGAGGGAGUUCCAACAGUAGAAUGUCUGAGCCUGGUUCUAAUGGAUACAUUGGCUUGAAGAUCCCCUUUGCAGAUAUACAAUUCGCGACGAAUGAUUUCGAUAAAAGUUUGGUGAUAGGAUCUGGUGGGUUUGGUAUGGUUUACAAAGGCGUACUCAGAGACAAUGUUAAGGUUGCUGUUAAGAGAGGCAUGCCUGGGUCAAGACAGGGCCUUCCGGAAUUUCAUACUGAGAUAACUGUUUUGUCCAAAAUUCGCCAUCACCACCUCGUUUCGCUGGUUGGUUUUUGCGAAGAGAAUUCGGAGAUGAUACUUGUCUAUGAGUAUGUUGAGAAAGGUCCCCUUAAAAGGCAUUUAUACGGCUCGUCCGGCUUGCCACCUCUCUCGUGGAAGCAGCGUCUAGAGAUAUGCAUUGGCGCUGCGAGAGGCCUCCACUAUCUUCAUACUGGGUUUGCUCAAGGAAUCAUCCACCGCGACAUUAAAUCGACCAACAUUUUGCUUGAUGAAAACUAUGUGGCCAAGGUUGCUGACUUUGGCCUUUCAAGAUCUGGACCUUGUAUCAAUGAAACACAUGUGAGUACUGGUGUGAAAGGUAGUUUUGGUUAUCUUGAUCCUGAGUACUUCCGGAGGCAGCAGCUAACCGAUAAAUCGGAUGUUUAUUCGUUUGGGGUUGUACUAUUUGAGGUUCUUUGUGCUAGACCAGCAGUUGAUCCGCAAUUGACCCGGGAACAAGUGAAUUUAGCAGAAUGGGCCUUAGAGUAUCUUGAGAAGGGUAUGCUAGAGCAUAUUGUUGACCCUCGCAUUGCAGGGCAGAUUGAACCAAGGUCGUUGAAGAAAUUUGGCGAAACGGCCGAAAAAUGUUUGGCAGAAUAUGGUGUUGAUAGGCCAACUAUGGGUGAUGUCUUAUGGAAUUUGGAAUAUGCACUUCAGCUUCAAGAAAGUGGACAACAAAGGGAGCCGCGAGCCGGUAUCAGCGCCGACGAAUCAGUGAAUGUGACUACAACAAUUGCUCCUGGAAAUUCUUCCAGCAACAGAACAGUUGUGAGAGAUUAUUCAGAUGUAAGUAGUAGUCAAGUGUUUUCCCAGCUAAUGACCAAUGAAGGCAGAUAGAGAUAGUUUCAUGCUGCAUGUAUAAGUUAACAUUUUUGCAUCAAAAACUUUAUUUAUCAAUUAUUAAAUGAUAUAAAUGGAAUUCUAGUCCAGAGUUCUCAUUUCAAUGGCAA